ACCAAGGUAACAGGUGUAAUCGGUGUGGGCGGGGUCAGACCUGUAACUCCGCCCUCCUGAGAAACAGUCGUAGGAACCAGCCCCGAACACAAGCUGCAAGGCGAGCAACAGGUCCGACCAGCAGGGAAAGACGAGCGGUGGCUCUCCCCUGCGGUGCGCCCAGGAAAAGGUCCUGAAGUCCUGCGUGGCACAGCCGCGGCGAGGCGAAGGUGUCAGGACCGGCGGCGGGCUGGACGUCUGGAAAAUCUGCUGAGAAUGAGCAGGGGGGCUGCUGAUAUCCAUUUUGUCUAUGAAGCUCUCAACAAGCCACAUGAGGAGAACGAGGAUGAAGACGAGGUGACAGAAGAUGAGCCCAAAGCCUGCGGCGUGUGCGGCGAUCUGGCGAAGGGUUACCACUUCAACGCUCUGACAUGUGAAGGCUGUAAAGGCUUCUUUAGACGUGCCAUAAAGAGGUCAAUGCAGCUCCGAUGUCCGUUCCUGAAUAAAUGCAUCAUCACCAAAAACAACCGCCGCUCGUGUCAGGCCUGCCGCUUCAGAAAAUGCCAGGCCAUUGGGAUGCGGAAAGACAUGGUCAUGUCGGAGGAAGCGGUCUUGGAGCGAAGAAUCCGAAUAAAGAAGAAAAAGAUGUGCAACCCGACCGCAGAGCUUUCGCCCCAACAGGAACACAUGGUUGAGGAACUGCUCUGUGGCCUCCGCAAUACAUUUGACUCAACGUUUUCACGCUUCACCGGCUUUAGGCCCAUGGACAGAGAUAUGUUGACAGAGAACCAGCAGUACAGACCCCAGACCAGCAGCCUGAAGAAGAGAUGGUGUACAGCUGAAAGACAUGGAGAUGAUCUUUUAAAGUUCCCUCGCCCUUGCUCCCUUUCCUCCGCCUCCUCCCCAUCUCUCUCUUCCUCUUCCACCCGCUUUGUCCUCCCCGGUUCCUCUGAAAAAGGUGAGGACAUCGUUGGAGACAAAAACAGCAGCGUUUACACUAACCUCCCGCAUCUGGCUGACCUCACGACCUACAUGAUUCAGGACAUCAUCCGCUUCUCCAAAAGCCUUCAGGACUUCCGGUCACUAAGCAUUGAUGACCAGAUAUCUCUACUGAAAGGAGCCACGUUUGAAAUAAUGCAGAUUCGCUUCAACAUGGUGUUCAACACUACGACAAGCAACUGGGAAUGUGGCUGCAUUACAUACUGCAUACACGACGCAAUGCGAGGGGGUUUUCAGCCGCUCCUGCUUGAGCCCCUCUUCAAAUUUCACCACAAUCUGCGCAAACUGGACCUGCAGGAGGAGGAGUACGCCCUCAUCCAGGCCAUCUCGCUGUUUUCUCCAGAUCGUCCUGGAGUGCAGCAUCACGCCGUCAUCGAUAGAGUUCAAGAGAACUUGGCAGAAACGCUAAAAACCUGGAUUGACUGCAAGAAAAAAGGCCCUAAGAAGCAGUGA